UGUGAGGUAAUAGAGAGGGAGAGAGGGUGGAGAGAGAGAAGGAUAUAGGACCGACUCCGCGGAGCUUCAGCUCCAGACGCUCGGGAUCUUCCGCCGCUCGGCUCUGCACACGCACCAGCUGAGGGUUGCUGAAGACGCUCGACGUCGGGCCAGAGGACGAGCAACGUGAGAAGGAUUCGUCAGGCUCGGUGGUGUUUGAGAGGAACCAGUGUACGACGCAGCGGGAGCCAUGGAUUUUGUAAUGAAGCAAGCUUUAGGCGGCGCCACCAAAGACAUGGGCAAGAUGCUCGGUGGGGAGGAAGAGAAGGAUCCAGACGCAGCCAAGAAGGAGGAGGAGCGGCAGGAAGCGCUGAGGCAGCAGGAGGAGGAGAGGAAAGCCAAACACACCCGCAUGGAGGCAGAGAGGGAAAAAGUACGGCAGACAAUCAGGGACAAGUACGGGCUGAAGAAGAAGGAGGAGAAGGAGGCGGAGGAGAAAGCGGCCAUGGAGCAGGCCUGCGAGGGCUCGCUGACGCGCCCCAAGAAGGCCAUCCCCCGGGGCUGCGGGGACGACGAGGACGAGGACGAGGAGAGCAUCCUGGACACCGUCCUCAAGUUCCUGCCCGGGCCUCUGCAGGACAUGUUCAAGAAGUAGAACCAGAACCAGCGGAGGUGGAGGGAACCCGGGUGGAGGGUCCGGUCUGGCCCGGGCCUCCGGUCUGGCCCGGGCCAGGCCGCAGGGCCAGGGGUUGAGUCCGGGUCUUAUAUGGGGGGGGGUCUUGUCAAAGUGUUAGAGGCUGCACACUGCCUUUCUAGAGAUCUUUUACUUUCUUCUUUUCUACUUCUUGACGGUUGCGUCAUUCUUCUCACUUUUUUUGCCACAAAAUCUUUCAACAGCUGGUUAGCACAUUUCUUACAAACGGUGUGUGUGUGUGUGUGUGUGUGUGUGUGUGUGUGUGUGUGUGU